AAAUAUAAAUUCACUUCCAAGCCCAACUACAAGUGAAUGUGAGUUUAAAGUUUUGAAAUCAAUACAAGAACGUAUUAGACUAAAAACAAAAAAAUUUGAAACACUUCUUUUUUUAAAAUACAAUUUAAAAGCACUUUCAUAUACUACAUAUUUAUGUAGGGCUCCUGAAGACUUUGUACAACCUAAUUUUAACUAUUACAAUGUAUGGAAUCCUGAAUCUAUAUAUAUUUGUGAUUUUCCUAUAUUGUUUACCUUUCAUAACAGAUUAUUUAACUUUUAUAGCUUUUUAUAACUUUUUUUAUAGCUUUUUAUAGAUUUUUUUAUAGAUAUUAUUUAACUUUUAUAGCUUAAAAAAUAAAAUAGCAUAAAAAAAAAUUCCUAGCCUCAUCUUAUAACUCCUGCUAAAACUAUUAUUUAGCUGUGGCUGGGGUUGUAAAAAGACCCAAAUUUGGCUGGGGCUGGGGCCCCAGUCACUCACUACACACAAGUGUGGAACCACUAAACUAAAAACUUUUUUUUUUUUAUGCUUGUUAAUUUUUCAAAUUUGUUUGUUUUUUUUUAUACACAUGUUGUACAGUAAAAAUGAAGAUGGAAGCAAAGUUUAAAAAAUUUGCUGUAGUUGAAUUUCUUGAUGAAAAAAAAAAAAGCAUGUGUGCCAUGGACGUUAUCUGUUUGUCAUGGCUGAUCAAUGAAAGUUUAGUGUGUUGGCCAAAUCACUUGCGUUCAUUGCGCCUUUUAACUGUCAUAUGUGAAGUAACACUUACUCCUGUAAGUAACUGGAAACAGCUAAAAAUAAGAGUUCUUUAUUAUUCUGCUAAAAAGUUAGCAGUUUGUAAUACAAGUGACACUGAGGAGACAUAUCCAUCAGUUUCCCCAAGAUUGAAGAAAUCUUUUAAUUGCCAAAAUAUUUUACAACCCACAACUGUUUGAUAUAUUGAGCCAUUUAGUUCGAAUCGUUCUCUACUGAUAUUUUCCACUUCUGAUCAGAGCUUGGCAGCUGUUGUGGCUGCUUUAGGCACCCGAUUUCCUGAUGAACUUCCUUGCAUCGGUUGGAGGCGACGAUUACAAGCAACUUACCACGGCUAUCUUAAAACAACUAAUGGCUAAAAAAGUAUGCUUGUUAUACUUUAUCAUAGUCAUAAAAAUAAAUAGUCUGGAAACAUGGGUUGAAAACAAUAGGUUUUGCCGUUGAUGUUAGGUUCUUAUCCGCGUUAGUACCCAGCCUACUUUAAGGUGCAAAACAAAACAAAUUUCUUUAGAGAUCACGAAUCGAAAUACAAUGCCUGGAGCAAAUUGUUCAGUAUAUGGUUGUCAUACCUCUCGUUAUUCACAUGGAAUAGCUAUAUUCAGUCUUCCUAAAGGUCAGCAUGACUUUACCGUUCAAUGGAGAAAAAAACUGAGCGAGAUUAUAUCAAAAGAUCGUUUAAUUGAUUCAGCUUUAAGGAAGCAAAUUGCCAGUGAAUCUUUGCAUAUUUGUGAGAGACACUUUAAAGAAGAUGAAGUUAAUAGAAAUUCAACUAGAGCAAGACUUAUACCAGGAACUCUACCUUCACAAAAUUUACCAAUAAAGAGUGUUCAAACAACCAGUUUAUUAAAAAAGACAAGGCUUUCGACACUAAGUAUUACGUCAAAAAAAGAUUGCAAUGAAUCAGGCAAAGUUCAAAAUCAUAUACAUUAUUUUUAUAAAUCAUUUCAAGAGUUUGUAGAUCGAGUGAGCAUACUAAAAUUGGAAUCAUGGGAACUUGUUAUAUCGAAAGAUUUAGUCAAAGUUUUUAAAGUAGACAACAUUCACCUACAACCCCAAUAUGAAGUAUAUGUUCAACCUAGCCUUAUAUUUACAAUACGAUCUUUUGCUUGGAACUUACCAGAUACGCAUGAUAUUUAUUUGAAUUAUAAACAAUCAGUUAAAAACAUUACUUUAUCAAGUAUUAUUGCUCUUUUAUCAACUUACUCAUUGUGUCAGGGUGUUGCAUCAGGUUCAAACUGUUUUAAAAAACAUAUUCUUACAAAAUUGUACAAUCCAAGUGUUAAAUCAAUAACUACAUUUGAGAGUGAAUUUAAUAAGUCAACUUUGUGUUUUUUAUUGAUAAAUUCUGGCAAUAUUUGUAAUAAAUGUAAAACUUUGGAAUUGUCACAAAAUGCUAAACUACAAAAAGCUUUAAAACGUAAAGCUGAAACGCUGACAAAACCUGCUCAUAUAAAUGCCCCCAUCUCCAUAACUUCUCCUGAUAGAAUUAAACUUACCUUGCAAAGCUAUCGAUCUGAAAAUGCCAUUUUGAAACAAGAAAUGAAAAGUAUGCAAGAUGAGAUUCAAAAAAAUGCAUUACGAGUAACCUCUGAUUUUGAUGGCGACAUAAAAAAUCUAAUGUCAAAUGCUUUUGAUUUACAUAGUGUUUCACCAUUUAUGAAAUUUUUUUGGACUGAGCAGCAAAAAUACCUUUUAUCAAAUCCAACAUCUGUGCGAUAUCAUCCGAUGAUUAUAAGGUAUUGCCUUAGUUUUUGUGCAAAGUCUCCUAGUGCAUACGAGGAUAUUCCCUAUGAUAAAAAGUCUGGUACUGGUUUUCUUGUAUUACCAAGCCGUCGUCAUCUUUGUGACUACAAGAAUUAUAUUCAUCCUCAACGUGGUUUUAAUCUAGAUAUUAUUAAAGAGUUAAAAUCAAAAGUAAAAGAUUUUAGUGAUGUAGAAAAGUAUAUUGUGUUGUUGUUUGAUGAGAUUAAAAUUCAAGAAAAUCUUUUAUGGGAUAAACACACAGGAGAAAUUAUAGGAUUUGUUGACCUUGGUGAUAUCAAUUUAUAUUACGCAACUUUACAAAAAAUUGAUGCUGUAGCCACUCAUGUUCUUGUGUUUAUGAUUUGCAGUAUAGUUAACCCUUUUAAGUUUACACUAGCUAAUUUUCCAUUAUUUUGGAAAGCUGUUGGUAUUUGUGAAAUGGAAUGCAAGUUGAAAGUUAUGGCUACAACUUGCGAUGGUGCUUCUUCGAACAGAAAAUUUUUUAAAAUGCAUUCACGCUUAUCUAAUUCGAAUGUUAAAAAGGAUGUAGUUCUCACAUAUAAAACAAUAAAUUUAUACUGUCCUGAAAGGUAUAUUUACUUUAUAGCUGACCCUCCAAAUCUUCUAAAAACAACAAGAAACUGUAUUUACAGCUCAGGCUCUGGUAAAUGUACUAGAUACAUGUGGAAUGAUGGUUUAUACAUUCUAUGGAGUCACAUCGCAGACAUUUUUAAAGAAGAUCAAAUAUGUGGUUUACAUCUACUCCCGAAAUUAUCGUAUGACCACAUUAAAUUGUCAUCUUAUUCUGUUAUGAAUGUCAAAUUGGCAGCACAAGUUCUAAGCACUACUGUAAGUAAAGUCCUUCUUAACUAUGGAUCUCCAGAUACAUUUGCAACAGCAAACUUUUGUUCAAUGAUUGACAGUUUUUUUGAUAUUAUGAACAUUAGUAAUCCUUAUGAAUCAAUUCAAAAGUCAAAACCAUUUUCAGUUCCAUUUUCUUCUCUUGAUGAUAACCGUUUGAACUGGCUUAAAGCAGAAUUUUUGCCAUAUUUCGAAAAGUGGUUAAGUUCAAUUAAUACCCGUCAAGGUAAAUUUACUCUAAAUGACAAAGGUAAAAUGUUUAUAUCAUGGCAAACCUAUGAAGGAAUUAAAAUUACAGUGAAUUCUGCUGUUGAGUUAAUAACAUUUUUACUAUCUAAUGGCGUAUCUUAUGUAUUGACAGAAAGAUUUUGUCAAGAUUCCCUUGAAAAUUAUUUUGGACAUCAACGCCAAAUCGGUUCCCGCAAGGAUAAUCCAUCUGUCCGUGAUUUUGGCUACAACGAUAAUACUAUUCGAAAUCAAAAGGUAUUCAGACCAAUAAAAGAUGGAAAUUCCCAUGAAGAUAUUCACUUUGAGAUGAACGAAGAACCAGUACCAUGCAGAAAGCGAGUAAAAACUUCAUUACAAUAGGGUAUUCAUUAAAAACGGCUAUUUUCAUAGCCACAAAUUAUUAAAACACAUUAUUGGCAAAGUAAACAGGUAGCAUGCAACGAUAUGCAAUGUACGUUUUGGGGACACCCUUAAUAUAUAUCUUGCUGUAUUGAUAGAUAUAUCUUACUCUAAGGAGCCUAAUACAAGGUGGGGGAAAAAAUUUAUUCUAGAUCUUAGCGCGCAGGAGGAGGGGCAAUAAAAAAGUGACAUUAUUUUUACUUAAAAUAUAUCCGAUUUUGCAAUUUUCCGAUAAAAAUUCUACUAAUUCCACUGUGAUGAUAGUUUAAAUUUUUUUAAAUGUGCACAUCACAUUGUAGCUAUCCCCUCCCCUAUGUGACAUUAAGUAAUACUUUUUGAUCCUUCUCCCCUUAAGACUCUCACGUACUAUUUAAACAGCCCCUAUUUAAAUAAAUCAUAAAUAAAGUAACCCUUCUUUACCUUCUAGCAUACGCAGGCAUUAUUUAUCAUUAAAAAAUUCAAAACUUUAAAAUCUAAAUUUAUUGUAGGAAUUUGUUAAUUCAACAUUUUUCUCUAUUUAAAUAAGAAAACAGGCAGUUUACAAGAGCCUUUCAAAGACAGGUUAAUAAUUUUAAAGUUUUCCCUUCCCCUAAUGUCCAUUGAUUAUGUCAACAGUAUUAAGGCAUUUUUUCCCUCUUCUCUCCUCUCUUGUCAAACUUACAGAGCUUCCCCUAGGGCUAACAGAGCUUUACUAGGCUUCCCCUACAAAAUUACAUCUAGUUUUAUAAACUUCUCCCCUGAUCCCUAAAUACAAAACUACAAUACAAAUGCUUUAUCAACAAUUUUUGAAAAUAACAUCAAUCAAUUGAUGUUAUUAACAGAAAAGCCUAAAUGAACCUUAAUACCAUCUUUUUCCCCCUCCCUGAACACACACACUUUUUUCACACAAUUUUCUUGCUUUUUCUUUCCUUAACAUGCUUUAGGAUCCACAUGAAUAAUGAUUGUUU